AUGCGGAAACACUUCCGACUUCGUGGCCUCGACAGUGAUUCGGCACCGUCGGUUAGCAGCUUCAUUGUCUUGUCUUCUCCAAGCAUGUACUCAUUGAUUUCGGACAGCGAGGUGCGUGGGUAUCGCAUUGAGAAGGAAAAACCGAAUGGACGACCAAAUGUGCGACUGUUCCCAGAAAAUUCCGACAAUGGAAGUGGCUCACGAAGCAAGCAGGAAGAGAGCAAUCUCGAUCGACACCGGAUGCAGAGAUUAGAGGCAAGAGUGGAUCAGAUCGUGGAUGCUGUCAAGCCGAUGGAGACAUUCAGCACGGAGUCUCGGGCUUUGACCCUUCGCAGAGGUUUUGUCUCUCAGCUAUUGAUCAAUUCCAAAGCUGACUCUCACAGACCCGAGCCUCCGCCUGAGGUGCUCCAGACAUUAGUCCAGCUUUAUAUUGACCGACUUGCCGACCAGCCUCUGCCCCUAUUUGAGAUCAAAAGUCUGCCGCUUAGUGUGCAGAAAUUUUCAAGAGGCCUUCUGAGGAGCUUCCUUGCGGUGACUGUCAGAUAUUCGGACAGUGACUUCUUCAGAGGCUCCCAGUCUCGUGCCGUAGAAUUUUACAAGAAUUCUGCUUCGGAGAUAUUGUUUGCUCAAGCUGCCGAGCCAACCGCCGAUGUUGACGCUCUUCAGGCCUUUUGUCUGCUGUGUCUCAGCGAGAUCGAAGACGGGAAGAUGACAAGGGCCUGGAUGGCUCUCGGCGUUGCUGUGCGAAUGGCUGUAUGCUCAAAUGUGAUGUGCAGGACAACAAAAAGCAUCUCUUCAAACCCUGAGCUCUCUCGAUGCUGUUGGAGCUUGUUCAUCCUUGAUCGAAUGCACGGGAGCAGCUUUCGGGGUUUACCAACCAUUUCUACCGAAGAAACCCUACCUGAAAUGCCUCCUUCGGCGAAAGGGCCUAUGUUAGCCUUUUCCAAUAGGCCGGCGGAGUUUGAAGCUGUAGAGGAGAAGGACGCCGGUAUCUACGCUUACGCUUUACAGUUGUUGUCAAUAUGGGGUCGCUUGAUGGCUUAUCUGAAGACCAUCAGACAAGGCAAUCUCGAAGACGCGUGGACUGCCAACUCGGUAUAUCAACAGAUCAAGUCCGAAAUGUCGCGAUUUGAAACUGUACUUCCAGAAGUCCAUCGAUUCAAGAAUAACCGAUUUCAUGAGAGGACGCCUUCAGAGCUAGAACAGCAACGUGGAUACUGGGCGCCCUGGGUUUUCACACAGUGUAUCUACCAUACAAUACACUGUACCCUUAACCACCCUUUUCUCCAUAUUGCUAGGAUUCCCGGUCGACCAAGACUGCGCUCUCCGUCGUUCCUUCAACAUGCAACAGAUCAGGCAGUGUUGCACUCCGCUUGGGUCGUCCUUGUUCUAAGAUUGUGCGAGGAAAGAAACUUUACGAUCUUCGAUCCCUUUAUUGGUCACUUGGCUUCGAUGAUUGCAACUGCACAGUUCUUCUUACAAUUCUCGAAGGAUCAGUCCUUGGCAACGAAGGCAUCCAGGGACUUUGACAUGCUCGGAAGCUAUGUUGAGAAAAUGGCGAACACUCACAGUCAUCUACAGCACACCGUUUCGAAGCUUGCCAGACUUGCACAGUUCGCCACAUCACAAGUUGACACCGGCUCGAAUAACCCACCAAAGGUGGAGACUGCACUGUUGUGGAAUCUGCUCGACUAUGCCGUGUCUUCGUCGCCUGUUGUGGACAGCGGUGACUCAUCCGACAACGUAGAAUUGAACGUGAACACUCAAUUUCUAUCGCCGAUUAACCCAGACGCACCGUUGCCACGAACAACCUUACAAAGCUCGCAAGAGCUCAGCUUGUCGGGAGCGAACUUCUGGGAUGACGCAACCUUUGAAUUCGACAUGGAUAUUUCGAAUCUGCCAGAUGUAUCCGCGUUGAUGACACAAAAUGAAGGCUGGACUGGCGGCCAUUUGUGA